GCCCUGAGAAUCCUCGUUUUUCAGAUGUCUCACAUCUUCUCACUCACAUCGCUUCGAAAGGACACCUUCAUCACGAAACCCAAACGAAGCUCAAGGCUCACCAGGACAUCACCGCUGCGGUCAAGCUUCAACAUUACGAGGAGUAGUACUCUCAAAAUGGCAUCGAGGCACUGCUGGUUGAUCGAAUGAGAACAAAACAGUUGAAGGAAGAGGCUCGUAGCAGGCGCAAUCAAGGAAAUCAAUUUGCCUCUGCCAAGCAAAACAAGCGGAAAAUUAAACAGGAGACAUCAAUGAGCCCUGCCAUCAAGCUCGAAGGAGACGAACUUCUAGAAGAUUUCCCACUCUUCCCGGGCUUCUUUGACCAUGACCAAGAUCACGAUGUUCAAGAAGAAUUCUCUCUGGGAGCCGAAUCAAUGUCUCUGAAGGGCCAAGUGUGGCCAGGAAUGGGGAAAAUGGAUCUCGCCGACGACGAGAUGAGGCGAACUCGGAACCAAAAGAAGCCCAAGUCCGUGAUCGAUAGAAUGAAAAGGGCUUCAGAACGUAUCGAACCUACUCAAGUCAUCAUGACAUCUGAACUAGAGGUUGAAAGGACGAAGGAUGUGUAUGAUGAUACGUCCUCUCCUGCUCCUGGCCAGGAAGAAUCAACACCACCACGAAAAGCUCCAAAAACAAAGCGCAAAAAGGCUACACCUCUUGCUGAAAUCUCGGCCAACGCUCCCAAGCAACGCCGUAGUACUGCUCGUGGCCCAAAAUCUGGUACGGGAAAGAAGACAAACCCUGCAAAGAAACAAAGUCGCGAGAAAGAACCCAAGACAUAUCCUCCAUCAGAACACCUGCAAGAUAUCCAAGAUGUUUUCCGUGAUGAAAAGGAACGGCCAGCUUCCAUCAGCGAACCUCCACUUCCUGCCACUCGGAGUGAUAGACGAUUCGAUCUUCGCACGAAGCAUGGAGCUCGAAGCAUCGACAACUUUCUUCAUUCGAAUUUUGUUUCUCCCACGCCACAGUCGAGAGAUCUAGCACCACGACAACUCCUAGGCCGAGAGACGUCUAACUCACUUCGGCCUGAAUCAUUCCCCCCAGGCACAUUCAGCCACGUCGAAGCUUCGUAUGCGUUGAAAGACGCUACGAUCUACAAUGCUUCGUCACGCCUUCCAUUCGUCUCUCCAAAUUUCGAUCAAUUUCGAGGACUUGACCCAGAUCAGUUUCGAUUGGCCGCAGACUAUGGAUUCCAGCUGAAGCAUGAAGACUACACGGGAUCAAUCACGGGAGAUACAACACAAGGGACAAACAACAGUCCUUUCAUGGGGGUACCUGGAACCAACCCUCUUUUUUCUCAUGACAGGUCAUUCUUGAAUCCUUACAGCCGAGCUACACCAAAUGCAACAUUCUCUCCAUUGUCAUUUUCGUCUGUCAACCGACAGCAAGAUCACUUACACAACGAUGGAGGAAUGAAACCGCAGACACAAAUUUGUGAGCCAAACGAGAACAAUGGUGGCAUUGGAGAGGAGCAAGAGUUAAGCAUCAACGCAUCCUGGAACCUGCAUGGUACAGAAAAUGACCUGGAUUUCCCCCACGGCCUUGCAGUGGACGACUCACAAAUGUGACUGGCAAGAUGAGCACCGAGGAAGAAGGCCGCUGUCGACAAUAGCUCCAGUCAUAUGCCUGGUGGCCCUGCGGUCACCCAAGGCAGAAACGAGCAUUGAAAAAUUCACAUGCAUAAAUGGAGUUCGACAAUCUCCAAAGUCAUGGCGAGUCGUGUUACAUCAAUGGUUCUCAACUCUCAUGACAGCCACCAAAAUGACUUGAACAUGCUGUACAUAGUACAUACGACUUCCUACGCCUAUUCUUUUUUACCCACUCACGUUUUUGACAUUCUAUUCUUCUUUUUGCACUUUUCACAAAAUG